CCCUAAAAUUCUUUGGCACCACUUCACUGUUAAGUCUGCCUACUAAAUAAGUUCCCAGCAACACAAGUGAGGUAACCCAUCAAUCUUUUAAACUUUUUUUGUUUUUUUCAUUGUAUUUUGUAGUGUAUGGUUAUAUUUACAAAUAUCAAUCUGGGUCAAUCUUAUUACUAUUAUUUUUUUUUUAUCAGUAUGGAUAUUUUUAAAUCAUUUUGUAAAUUUAGCUAAAAAAGGUUGCAUCUUUGACUUGGGAUUUUGUUAUAGAUCAAGUGUGUGAAUUUUCAUAACUUUAGAGCAAUGAAUUUGAUGAAUUUAAUGGAUGAUGAACAAUCUUUAGGGUUUAUGGAAACCAAGAUUUUAAACCCUAGUAAUAGUAAUACAUCUUACUUAAGCUUUGGGAAAGGAAAAAAUGAUGUUAAUGAUCAUAGUUUAAGUGAUGAAGAUGAGAUGGAAGACGGAAAUCACGAAAACAUGGCCUUAGUUGUAAAGGGUAGGAAAGGGAAUUCGUCACAAUGGCAACGAAUGAGAUGGUCAGAUAGUCGAGUUAGGCUUUUGAUUCAAGUUGUUGCGUGUGUUGGAGAUGAUGAUGGUACUCAUGUUGAUGGUGGGUCGGGUAGGAAAUCCGCAGGGUGUUUACAGAAAAAGGGUAAGUGGAAAAUGGUUUCUAAGGUUAUGGUGUCAAAAGGGUGUCAAGUUUCACCUCAACAAUGUGAGGAUAAGUUUAAUGAUAUGAAUAAAAGGUAUAAGCGUUUGAAUGAUAUUCUUGGAAAAGGAGUUUCGUGUAGAGUGGUGGAGAAUCCGUCUCUUAUGGAUUCUUUGCCACGGCUAUCGUCUAAAAUGAAGGAAGAUGUUAAGAAGAUUUUGAGUUCUAAGCAUUUGUUUUAUCCAGAAAUGUGUGCUUACCAUAAUGGUCAAAGGAUUCCGAAUUGUACAGAACUUGAUCUUUUGCAGGCUCAUGAGUUAGCUGGUGUGGGUCAAUGUGGGUCAAAGGGGAAUGCUAAUGGUACUCAUAGUUCUGAUGAAGUUGGAGAUCAUGAUGAGAGUGACGAUGACGAUGAUGAUGAUCAUCAUGAGAAGCGUGGUGAAGGUGAACGGGAAAAGGGUAAUAAUGGUUUUCUUGAAGAGAUGAAUGCAUUCCUUGAUAAUCCCAACAAUUCAAAAAUGCAAAAGAGAGAGUGGAUUAAGAUGCAGUUGUUGCAGUUACAAGAACAGCGAAUUGAGUAUGAAACUGAAGCUCUUGAAAUGGAGAAAAGGCGGUUUAAAUGGGAAAGAUUUUGUGAUAGGAAAGAUGGAGAGCUUGAGAUUUCACGAUUGGAGAAGGAGAAGUUGAUGUUGGAGAACGAGCGUAUGUUAUUACAGCUGAAGCAUUCGGAUUUGGUCAUUGACCUCGAGUAGCUGUUGGAUCUGUAGUCUUAAUGCAGGUGUGCUGGAAGCAUUGCUAGUCUACCACCACAGUCGAUAGUUUCCAAAUCUAUAGGUUUCCUCAAAGGCUCAGCAUUGUUGUUAGUUCAAAUCAUAGUUGUCAAAGGCGUAGGCGCACCCAAUGCCCAAUGACCUCAAACGUGGCCUAUGCGAGAUGCGCAAAAAACGUUGGUCUGGAGGGACAAAAAGUACUUAAUUUAAAUAUUUAUAAAUAAUGAAAAGUAAUAGUAAAAAAACCA